GACUCGCUCUGGCUCCUCUCGCCGUCCUGAGCCUCGGUGGAGUGGGGAGCCGCGUGUAAGAUGCUCUGACCUUUGACCCGCCGUUCAGCUGUCGGGCCCUGUGCAGGGACUUGGUGUCUCCAGCAGCCGCGCCAUGAACACCUCCCCAGGCACAGUGGGCAGUGACCCGGUCAUCUUGGCCACCGCCGGCUAUGACCAUACUGUGCGGUUCUGGCAGGCCCACAGUGGGAUCUGCACGCGCACCGUGCAGCACCAGGACUCUCAGGUGAACGCGCUCGAGAUCACGCCAGACCGCAGCAUGAUUGCAGCAGCAGGUACUGCUGACCCUUGACCCCUGACUCCUGACCUCCACUGGAUUGACCUGGGCACAGCCAAGUUUAAAUUCCGCCUAUGCCCCUAGGUUACCAGCACAUCCGCAUGUACGAUCUCAACUCCAAUAACCCCAACCCCAUCAUCAGCUACAACGGCGUCAGCAAGAACAUUGCAUCCGUGGGCUUCCAUGAGGACGGUCGCUGGAUGUACACGGGAGGAGAGGACUGUACCGCUAGGAUCUGGGACCUCAGGUCCCGGAACCUGCAGUGCCAGCGGAUCUUCCAGGUGAAUGCGCCCAUCAACUGUGUGUGUCUGCAUCCCAACCAGGCAGAGCUCAUUGUGGGGGAUCAGAGCGGGGCCAUCCACAUCUGGGACUUGAAAACAGAUCACAAUGAGCAGCUGAUCCCCGAGCCCGAGGUCUCCAUCAUGUCUACCCACAUCGACCCUGAUGCCAGCUACAUGGCGGCUGUCAACAGCACCGGGAAUUGCUAUGUCUGGAACCUCACAGGGGGCAUCGGCGACGAGGUGACGCAGCUCAUCCCCAAGACCAAGAUCCCGGCACACACCCGCUACGCCUUGCAGUGCCGCUUCAGCCCCGACUCCACGCUCCUCGCCACCUGCUCAGCCGACCAGACCUGCAAGAUCUGGAGAACGUCCAACUUCUCCCUGAUGACGGAGCUGAGCAUCAGGAGCAGCAACCCCGGGGAGUCGUCCCGUGGCUGGAUGUGGGGCUGCGCCUUCUCGGGAGACUCCCAGUACAUUGUCACCGCGUCCUCCGAUAACCUGGCGCGGCUCUGGUGUGUGGAGACGGGGGAGAUCAAGAGAGAGUAUGGCGGCCACCAGAAAGCUGUCGUCUGCUUGGCCUUCAACGACAGUGUGCUGGGCUAGCCUGCACCCCUUCGACUGCAUCCGGUCAGCUGGACUGCUGGAGACCCCGGGCAGAGUAGACCC